UGUUGUGUUUGCUUUUUCGUUGCCAACAAAAUAUCAACGCAUUUGAACUUUCUCUAAUAAAAAUAAGAAACAAAACAGAACCAUUAACCAACUUAAAUUAUGGGUAAUGUGGCAAGUGGCAAAAGAGAAUCGGAUAAUUUGUAUACACCAGAGGAACUGAGAAUACUAGAGACCGCCUAUCGCAAUGCAUCUGGAGGACCAUUGGAGAAAUUAACCUCGGAGCGUCUUGUGGAAACAUGGUCACAAACAAUUGAACGCUCGUUAGCUGAAGCCACGGCUCAAUUUUUGUUUACGCCCACAAAGCCGGGCCAGCAAUGCAUCAAUAUACACUUGAAAAAAUUUGGCGAGCCCUUCUAUAUUAUGGAGCGUGGCAACAUGGAGCACAAAAUGCAAAUGCUGCUUGCCAGUUUGCCCAAGGGUUCCAGCGAUAGCUUUAAUAUAAAGCAAUUGGAGCAGUAUAUACACUCUGUUAUCAAGAGCUAUGUGCAUUUGGAAAGCACCUCAAAGGGUUCGCAUAUCAAGGAUUGGCAUGAUUUGGGCUUUAUAACCACAGAGCGUUCGGCUUGCACAUUUGCCAAGGGCUUAAUGCGUUAUCUUAGCAAGGAUCUGGAGCAUACUAUGCCCAAUGAGGCACUGGAGCGCUGGCUACACUUGACACCACAGUUCUUGCAACUCUGGCGUGAAGUCUUCACACAACUUUAUUCGCGUCAUGGCGGCAGCAAGCGCAGCAAUCAUGUCAAAGAAAUCGAAAUAUGCAUACUGCCGCAGCUGUGUGAUGCACCACAAAACAGUCACUAUCGCCCCAUUAUUGAGCUGCCACAUGUGCUCUAUAUCAAUGCUCAACUGCCGCGCGAGCUGCGUCACAAGUGGCGUUUUCUAUUCUCAUCGAAAAUCCAUGGCGAGAGCUUCUCCACUAUGCUGGGCAAAAUGUUGGACAAAGGACCAACGCUGUUCUUCAUUGAGGACGAGGAUCAGUAUAUCUUUGGUGGCUAUGCGCCCGAGUCUUGGUCGCUCAAACCUCAAUUUGCUGGCAAUGAUUCAUCGCUGCUGUAUACGCUCAGUCCGGCAAUGCGCUGCUUUAGUGCCACAGGCUACAAUGAUCAUUAUCAAUAUUUGAAUCUGAAUCAGCAAACAAUGCCCAACGGUUUGGGCAUGGGCGGCCAGUUUGAUUUCUGGGGUCUUUGGCUAGACUGCAUGUUUGGCGAGGGUCAGAGCGUGGAAAGUUGCACUACCUAUGCCGACUAUGUGCAGCUAAGCAAACGCAAACAAUUCAAAAUACGCAACAUGGAAGUUUGGGCUGUGGGCGAUUUGCCUGUUAAGGAUGACGAAGAGGGCGGCGGCGAGGGACAUAAACGCUCUGUGCUGGACAGCAAUAUGGAGGAUCGUGCCAUGUUGGAGAUUGCUGGCAAGCAAAUGCAUUCGGAUGGUCUGCGUGAGCCCGACAUGGAUGAUUGAUAUCGUUGGGCUGAGAUUUUAAUAUGUUCAAGAAUGAUUUUAGCACUAGCACGUCGUCUCGUUUGGGUGCGGAGCGUGGGCGUGGCUAUAAACUUUACACACACAAACUUAUUUACUUUAGCCUUAAUAUGGGACAACCAAUUGUUUCUCUUUUUCUGUGAACAAAACAUAUAAAUUCAAUAAGUAUUUGUUCAUUCUUUUUCAUUCCUACAAAAAUAUAUAUGU